AUGGAAGGAACAAGCACCGUUCACAAUGAAGAGAAGCAUACGUCAUGCGUGUGUAGAACAAUCUGUGAAGGCAAGAGGCUGUGGAAAUGUGGAGAUUGCGGGAAGGGAUUUCUUUAUCCAUCCCGGCUAGAAGUUCACCAACGUGGUCACCAUGGGGAGAAGCCAUUCACCUGCUCUGAUUGUGGAAAGGGAUUCACUCAGUCGUCCGACCUGCUGAGACACCAGUGGGUUCACACCGGGGAGAGACCGUUCACCUGCUCUGAGUGUGGGAAAGUAUUCACUCUGUCAUCCAAACUACUCAGAGACCAGCGAGUUUACAGUGGAGAGAGACCAUUCGCCUGCUCUGAUUGUGGCAAAGGAUUCACUCACUCAUCUAAACUGCUGGAACACCAGCGAGUUCACACUGGGGAGAAACCAUUUACCUGUUCCGUGUGUGGAAAGGGAUUCACUGUGUCAUCCAAACUGCUGAGACACCAGCAAGUUCACACUGGGGAGAGACCAUUCACCUGCUCAGAUUGUGGUAAAGGCUUUGCUGAAUCAUCCUAUCUGUUGGCACACCAGUGGGUUCACACUGGGGAGAAAUUAUUCAACUGCACCCAGUGUGGGAAGGGAUUCAUUUGGUCGUCUGGCCUGCUGAGACACCAGAGAAUUCACACUGGGGAGAGACCGUUCAUCUCUGAGUGUGGGCAGGGAUUCCCUCGCUCAUUUAAGCUACUGGAACACCAGCAAGUUCACACUAGCUAAAAACCUUUCACCUGCUCUGUGUAUGGAAAAGGUUUUGCUGUUUUGUUGAACGUAACACACCAGCAAGUUUACACUGGGCAGAAACUGUUCACCUGCUGAUUUGUGGGAAAGGAUUCACUUAGUCAACCGAGGUAGGCUGAGGCACCAACGAGUUCACGCUGGGGAGAAACCCUUCGAUGCUCAGCGUGUGGGAAGGGAUUUAUUCUGUCAUCUAAGCUGUUCACAAAGGACCACAGUUGAAGAAUUUUGCUCUUACUUACACAAAAAAUUGAAUCAUGGUCAUUGAGCUGGUUGUACUCCUAUUAUUAAACCCUGCUUUAUUAAAGGUACUGACGUGGUGAUGAAAAUGUUCAUACAAACCCCACCUGUAGGGCAGCUUUUGCAAAAUAUCCCAAUUCACUGUAAAUCAACACCUUCACACUGGACAGAGCCUAUCCAUUUUGUCCAAAUGUAUUUUCUGGUUCAUCAGGGUUGAAUAAACACCAAUGUUAUGGACCAGACCAAAUCCCCUGAAGCAUGUUAAGGAGAUAGCCUAGACCCUAAAUUUUAUUUCAUUUCAAGGCAAGUGUAAGAUACUGCAUUCCAAAAUUGAUUUGAUUUGUCAAUC